GCCUCCCAAACCGUGUGUUCGAGCUCACUCCUUUGAUCACAUCCCAUUUGGUUUUCACAAGGGAGGACUACUCGGUGCACGGCGAGCUACCGUCUCUAUUUCACCAUCAUGUUGGGCACUAUUCUUGCCUUCGUGGCCCUGCUGAUUAUUUACCUUGUCGGAAGUGCCAUCUUUUGCGUCACAUUCCAUUCGCUGGCCGAUGUGCCUGGUCCCAAGAUCUGUGCGAUCAGCCGUAUUCCCUACUGGCUCGCUUCCUUCAGAGGUGACGACGUUCGGUGGAUGAAGAGGCUGCACGACCAAUAUGGACCCGUCGUUCGCUUCGGCCCGACAGACCUGAGCUACGCAGCUGGCGAGGCUUGGAACGAUGUCCAUGGACCCAAGGCGACAGAGAAAGCACAAGAAUUCUCUGUUCAACCUAUCAACGGCGUUCCAAGCAUGCUUACGGCUAAUACCGAAAACCACGCUCGAGUGCGCCGACUCUUUUCGCCUGCUUUCUCAGAGCGUGCCUUGAAGCAGCAAGAGCCUCUCUUCCGGAAAUAUGUGGAUCUUCUUAUGUACAAAAUGUCCGAGGUUGGCGAGGAUGGGAAGAAGCCAGUGGAGAUGACCCAACUACUCAACUAUACAACUUUCGAUGUUAUGGCCGAGCUCUGCUUUGGGCACCCUCUCGACCUCUUGGCGAAGAAUGAAUACAGCCCUUGGGUCAGAUCCAUCUUUGAGUCGCUAAAGAUGCUUCCCAUUGCCUCUAUGAUCAACUACUACCCUAUCCUGAACGCCAUAUUCACCCGCUUCGAGCCAAAGUCCGUCACUCAACAGCGGGUCACGCACUGCAAGCACUCAGAGGAUCGUGUCAAUCAACGUCUGCAAGAUGGUUCGGAUCAGCCGGAUAUCUGGAACUUGGUCUUGUCGGCCAAGGAGGGUAAAGGUCUUACACUCGAGGAAAUGCAUUCUAAUGCCGAGAUCUUCAUGCUUGCUGGAUCGGAGACAACAGCCACACUCUUGAGCGGCUGCAUUUAUAACUUGCUUACCUACUCGGACAAGAUGAACACAUUGCUCGCGGAGAUUCGGGGCAACUUCACCCAGGUGGACGAUCUAACAUUUGAGCGUCUUGCGGAGCUUAAAUACAUGAACGCUUGCCUGAAGGAAGCUUUACGCAUCUACCCUCCAGUUCCUAUUGGCAGCCCAAGAGUCGUUCUUCCAGGAGGACAACAGAUCCUUGGCAAGUGGAUUCCAUCUGAAACGCGAGUGUCAGUUCACCACUGGUCAACAUACCACUCUGAAGCGAACUUCAAGAACGCCAACACCUUCGCACCUGAAAGAUGGUUGAAGACGGAUCCGACAUACGCUGGGGACGCCUUGGACGCUCAUCAGCCAUUCGGGUUCGGGCCUCGAAACUGCCUUGGACAGAACAUGGCCAUGCACGAGAUGAGACUCAUCUUGGCCACGCUGCUCUUCAAAUACGACCUCGAGCUCUGUGACGAGAGUCGGAAUUGGGCAGACCAGAAGUCCUUCGCGCUAUGGAUUAAAAAGCCGUUGAUGGUCCGCGCGAAACCGUUGACCACACGAGCUAGACUAAAUAUCUGAGAGGAACUUGGCAGUCUUGGCUAUUCUCCCGCCGGACAUGGAUGUCUAGAGCUAACGGUGCAGACGGAAUUUUAUCCAACACCUGUAUAUGAGUAUCUUUUUAGACGUUGCUUUUUUUCUUUUCUCAAAUCUAGCGGAUUGGCAAGAAGAAAUGUCUUCCGACGUUUAUCGAGCGGAUCGACUCUACUAGUAGUCUUAAUCGUCGUAGCGUUAAUGAUAAUCACCGUCAUUAGGUACCGGUAGUCGGAAAGGGAGGGUGUUGACUGGUAAGUAUCCACAUGUCAGGGUGAUUGCUUACCAGUCCAGGAGACAACUUUGCCAAGAGAGGCUUCUCGGACAGCUUUACCCAUGAGUAGAUGCAUACGCGUGCUGAGAGGC